CCUUGUCAUUCACAUAGACUAUAGAUCCUAUAGACGUAUCUUUAGAUCGGUCGAUCACAUACAAGUGGAUUGAUCCGCCGAGAUCCUACUUUUUGCCGGCGACAUAUCGCUCCUUUACUUCGACCUUCAACCGGCACGACCUUCUCCGAUCGACGUCUCUCCUCCAAUACUACACAAAUAGCCUACACCCACUCCUUCCAAAUCCUCUACAAAAUCUCUUGGAAUCAACCUCAACCUGCAUGGCACCUACCUAAUCGAUCUACCGGUCCCCGACCUCCACCCCGCUCAAUCCCAACCUUCUCCUCCACCUACAAGAAAGCCUCGAUCGGAAGGCUUUCCGUCCCACCUCCUCGAUGCCUAGUCGACUUCGUCGGACCCGCUCGUCCGCCUUUCGGGCCCAUGCGAUCUCAUCACCGAACAAGACGGCAGGAAGACCGGCCAAGAAGUUGAAGCUCGAUCGAUCGGGGGUCUCGGUUUCGGCCAAGUCCGUCCUCGAGGGUUCCGAUGUCGACGAAGACGACGACGAGAACAUAGACGAGGACGAAGAUGAGAACGAGGAUGAGGCCGAUGGAGAUGAUGAUGUGGACGAAGAAUCCAACUCCGACGAAGGUCAAGAAAACAUCGACCCCACUACCGACGCAUCUUCGGUCAACCCCGGCGCCGGUCCUAGCCGUCGUCGAUUACGCAACGGCAAGAACGUCCUCAAACGACUUCGAUCUCGCCGACAACGACGCCCUGCAGCUCUUACCACAGCUUCUGCAUACAAUCACAGUUACAGUCCGAGGAAGAGGAAACGGGACGAUCCGGAGUAUACCGACGAGGACGAAGAUGACGAGGACCGCGCGAGUGGGGAAGAGUAUACCGACGACGAGGCCGAAGUCGGGUCGGACGAGCAGGCCGAAGCAGGGCUUGGGGAAGGGAUCGAAGAGGAAGAUGAUGAAGAAGAGGAUGUGGAUGUGGACGAUUCUGCCGAACCCGAUUAUAUCGACGAGAAUGAUGAACAUUUGCUAAGAGAAGCACCUGCGUGGACGUUACGUCGUCUGAAAAAAGCCGAGCUGAAGAGGUUGUGGUUGGUAGCCGGGCUUUGGGACGCGGAGGACGGGAUGGGCGGGGAUGAGGAGGGUGAGGUAGCGGAUGGGUUGACUAAAGAUGUUCUGGUCGAGGGGAUCAUCAAGGCUCGAAACUCCCUCCUGGCACUCGCGAUUCAGUAUCAAGAGAUAGCAAGUACAAUACGCCGGUCUACGAAUCUCCUGCCUCGGUUGAGGGAGAAGACGACGACGAUGAUGGCGAGGAACAACCGAGUCAAGGCACCUCCGCCAGCCAAGGUUCGAGAGGUCAAGGUCGAUCUCGCUUGAAUGGAAACGCGGAGAACAGGUCGAUCGCCUCGUUGAGAAACGGCAACAGGACUCGUCACAGCACAGCCUCAGCUGUCAAUUCUCAAGACAACAAGCGGGCUCAUUUCGAUGUCAACCUUCAAAGCCCCGCUCAGACUUACCGACAUCGACGUGGAUCACAUGCGUCUUCUGCAGCGAGCUCGUCGGUGGCGAGCCGGGAUGGGUCGCCGAAAC